GUCUCAUAUCAGGUCCAGCUGACUACACUUUAUCGAAGACGUGCCCCGUACCCCACCAUAUUUACUGUAUAACCUGAGGGCUCUCUCGCUGUCGCCGGUAAGAGUCACAACUCGACAAGCCUGCACAUUCUCUUCCUGAUAUAGAAAUCGAUCAGGCUAUAUCCUCGACAAUCAUCCUCGACGACCGCAGCUAGUACGAAUCCCCCCUCAUCCUCCUAGCAAGUAGUAGUAGCAACGCUCCCAACUUCUACCAACAACAUCGCAAUCCCCGGUGUGCUUAUCGCCCGCCGAAUGCAAUGUCCACCGCCCGCCCACUCAUCAUCGGCCCCUCUACGGGGCUCAAAGCACCCUACCCCCUGCAGAUGGAAGGCAAAGUGAUCAGCGGCUUCGGGCGUGGCUCCAAAGAACUAGGCAUCCCCACCGCCAACCUCCCCAUCGACUACAACCUGACACCAUGGAUCGCCGAUAUCAAGUCCGGAGUAUACUUUGGCUGGGCGUCCCUACGCCUACCGCCGUCACAUCCGAACCAACCAACGACAUCAUCAGACACCACCGCCACGACAACCACGGCCCCGGAGGCGCACUCCGGGUUCAGCGUAUAUCCCAUGGUGAUGUCGAUCGGGUACAACAAGUUUUACAAGAACACGAUGCGGUCGGCUGAGGUGCACGUACUCCACGAGUUCGGGGCUGACUUCUACGGCGUCGAGAUGCGGCUGUUGAUCACGGGGUUCAUCAGGGAGGAGAAAGACUACGCCAAUCUGGAGGUGCUGAUCGAGGACAUCAAACUGGACUGCGAUGUGGCGCGCAAGAGCUUGGACCGCGAGGCUUGGGCAUUGCGGGAGACGGGCAGGGGCACGCUCGAUGGGAGCUGGUUGGUGCGAGAAAGAACAGAGCAGAAUAGGGCUGUAGUAUAAAGACAUGAGAAUUAGAGAAGUGAUUGACGGGAGACACAGCGCUGGGGAAUCUUGUGCUCGUUGCAGGCUGCUGACCAGUCCGGAGGAAUAAGCAAGCAUCCUCCACCUUAGACUCGCAAUGUCGUGUACUGUCAUGUAGUUACCCCCAUGGCAAACUCGGGAUCGCCUUUUUCGUUGCGGAAGAAGACGACUUCUACGUCCU